UUACAACAUUUCUUUAUAAAUCACUCACAUUCACAUGCCAACUCUUUCUUGUACUCAUUGCUUGGUUGUCUUCACCGUCUUCCUUAGAUUCUCAUUCUCAUUUUUCCCUUCAGCAUUUUCCACAGUGAAGACAGGGAAUCUUCAGCAAAGAGACAGCACAGAACAGAUCUCUUCCAUUUUGACUCAAAUUUUGUCAUUUUUCUUUGACAUGUGCAUAACCCCUUAUAAAGAAAACCUCACUUUAUCACUCACAGUCAUGCAGCAAGUUUUGCAAUGGGUUUUCAAGGAAACAAAUGAAAAACAAAGAGAAAGGACACAAUCUACUAAGAAGGGGACAAGUUGUGAUAAAGGAACAGGUAGAACAAAGGAGAUAGUGGUGUCUAGUCCUUGUGGGAAUUCUCAAGGAUCAAAGGGAUUUGAAGGGAGGAAAUUUGAUCUAAAGAAGUUGAAAUCAUAUGCUUUGUUGUGCAGAAAGGAUAUUGCAAAGUCUUGUUUUUAUAGUACAAUUAAUAUAAAAAGACCAAGAACGCAAGGCUUUGAUAAUAUGCAACAGUAUUGGAUUCAAAAGAUGAAAAAAGAAGAUAUUGCUAGAGGAAUUAUAGAGAUCGGUCAAAAGGCAGAUUCUGUUCAUGCAGGCACCAAAGUCUUGCCUAUAACUGAUGCAACUUUAGCAGAACAAUGUAGCAAUAAGAGUGAGAAGAAAGUUUUGGCCAAUGGGGAGAAUAAGACCAAAGCCAAAUCAAGAAUGAAGGAACUUUUGAGAUGGGCUAUGGCUUCAAGAUCAGAAAAAGGAGGAAGUUCAUCACUGGUUUCACGGUUAGGAAACCGAGCAACUCUUAAAGCAGGCUUGGACGAUGAUGAAGAGAGUAACGACUCCCCAAAGAUCAGUUUCAGAUGGGAAGCUGAAAGCUGCUCCUCCAUUUCCUCAGCUUACUCAUCGAUGUCGGCGGUGUCAGCUCCCUUCAAGAACUGUUCCAUUACACUGAAUUCCACAGCCAUUAAUGAAAUCAAUCAGUGUUAUCCAAGAAGAGGAAGCUGGAUCACUACAGAUUCUGAAUUUGUUGUGCUAGAGCUUUGAAAGGAGAAAGAAGACAAAUGAUCUCCAAUGCCUUCAUCAGCUUGCUAUAUGUGAAUUGUAGAUUCUAUUCAAAACCAGAGGAUUUGUUUGUAAAAAAUGCUUCGAAAUAUGUAUGCAAAAUAUGCAUUUGAAAUAACAAUUUGAUUGUAACUCAAA